CAGCUUUAUGAGCUACAGGAAGUGAUGUAUUAGGCUAACGGGGUGUGUUUGUGGUGAUAUUAAAAUUAGACCAGAGUUUGGUGACGUCACCAUGUUUCACGGAAUUCCGGUGAGCGCAGGAAUGGGCGGAGCCCCUGCCAAUAAGCCUGAACUGUAUGAAGAAGUGAAGCUGUACAAAAAUGCAAGAGAAAGGGAAAAGUUUGAUAACAUGGCAGAGUUAUUUGCUGUGGUGAAGACUCUGCAGGCCCUGGAGAAAGCUUACAUCAAAGACUGUGUGACACCCAACGAGUACACAGGUGCGUGCUCCAGGUUGCUGGUUCAGUAUAAAGCUGCUUUCAAACAGGUCCAGGGGUCCGACGUGGGCUCUAUUGAUGACUUCUGCCGGAAGUACAGACUCGACUGUCCUCUUGCCAUGGAGAGGAUCAAGGAGGAUCGACCAAUCACCAUCAAGGAUGACAAAGGCAACCUGAACCGCUGCAUCGCCGACAUUGUUUCUCUCUUCAUCACAGUGAUGGAUAAGCUGCGUCUGGAGAUCAGGGCCAUGGAUGAGAUCCAGCCAGACCUCAGGGAGUUGAUGGAGACCAUGAACAGGAUGAGUAACAUGCCCCCAGAGUUUGAGGCCAAGGAUAAAGUCAGCCUGUGGUUAUCCACACUGAGCAGUAUGUCUGCCUCUGACGAGCUGGAUGACUCUCAGGUUCGGCAGAUGCUGUUUGAUCUGGAAUCAGCUUAUAAUGCCUUCAACCGCUUCCUGCACGCCUCCUGAAGCGCCGGGCCGAGGGACUCGCCCGUCUCUCCACUUCCUGUUCUUCAGAUUGGGCCGUGGGGGCGGGGCGUGGGGCGUAAGAGUGGGGAGUCGACCGUUUCUGUUCUCUGAUCUGUUAAUGUCACAGUGCGGAGGAGAAUGUGUGGCCUUAGUUUGAGUUUUAUGGCCUGUGAUUCAUUCCUCCAAUGAGCAUGCUCCUUCUAAAUACGUCACCUGAAGAGCCCAGAGGAUUGUGGGUAUAAUGGUGAUGUCAUGGAGCCUGUUCCGCUGAAAUCUUUUGUGCUUUUAUAGUAUUUUUUUUCUUUUUCUUCAAAGAACCUAAAUCAUCUGAUCAACUGUUGGGGAAAUGAGUGACUAUUUGGUGACGCUCAUUUCUGAAAAUACU